CAAAAAACAUUUUCUUUCAGUCAUAUUAUUUCAUCGUGUCAUGUAGUGUAAUCAUCAAAAAAGAACUAAAUUCGUCGUUAUAUAACUUCCCAGUUAUAUAAUAUAACUAUUAAAUUGACCGUUAAUUGGAUUGUACAAAAUGCUCUUCAAGACGAUAUCAUUGUUCCGGUCCCAAUGCCAACAAAUGCAUAUUCGCAUACCGAGCCAAAAAGAAUAUGCAGGCAAAGAGUUGAUGCAUCCUCGAAUCACAGCCCCAUUGAAAUGUGGAACCAAAAUAGAUGACUUGAAAAAUGAUUUGCGAGUAAUCAUGGGCCUCGGAAGAGGAGCCAAAUCAAGUGUUUUUCAAGACAGAGAAAACCUCAACGCAUACAUGGUAAAAAGUACCGCAGACCUUCCUCCACGAACUGUUCAGGACAGUUUUCUCUCUGGCGUGAUUCCUUUAAGCUCCGACGAAAAGUUACAAGAUAAAUAUUUGUCCGUUGCUGGAGAUAUUCGUUAUGGCCGUCUUAUUGAAGAUAUUGACAUGUUCGCCGUUAUGAUCCUGCAAAAGUAUAUUUUGAAUCCGAAAAUUCCAAUUUGACCCGUCCCCUACACGGUGGUAACCAUCUUGGUAGAUUCACUAAUAUUCAAUUUCCUUGCAAAACCAACUGUGGAUAUCCGUAUUUCCGGUCACAUCGCAAAUGCUGGUCGCUCCAGUGCCGAGGUGGUUGUAUGGGUAGACCAACAAUUCGGCGACCAUUGGAAAAACAUCACGAAGGCCAAGCUAAUCAUGGCAGUACGUGAUGCUAACAACAAAUCAGCAGCUCGCAUCAAUCCUUUAAACCCACACUCACCCGCGGAGAGUAAUCUUAUUGAAAACGCAAAACGUUACCGGAGUCGUUUACAAAACCGGACGUUAUCCAGUGUGACAAGUGAAGUACCAUCUACUAAAGAACACACACUCCUCCGGGAAUUAGCUCUUAAGACCUGUGGUGGUUCCCUUUCAUGCGAGGAGCGCCUCCCAAUAGGGAACAAAUGGAUCGGGUCCACCCUCAGGACCAACAACAUAGUCACCUUUCCAGAGUACAAAAACAUUCACAACUCUAUAUUUGCCGGUUAUAUCUUACGCCACGCCAUAGAACUAGCCUUUUCAACGUGUUACUUAUUCUGUAACCAGCGGGCCAAACUCCGGGGCCUUACUGAAGUGAAAUUGUACAGGUCCAUUCCGGCGGGAUCAAUUCUCAAAAUGAUUGCACAAGUGGCCUUUACACGGGACCGCUAUAUUCAGGUAGCAAUGCAUUCAGAAGUUCAAAAUGAUCGUGAUGGUUUACAGCAAGCGACCAAUACGUUCCUCGCCACAUUUGAGGUACAGCAUCCUGUUCAGGAGGUGUACCCGAAGAGCUAUCGCGAAUCCAUGUUGUAUCUGGACGCGUCGAGGAAUCUCGACCGGGUUAUGAAGUCCAUUCAUGAACCCUUCCAUCAUAUUGAUUACAACAUGACUCCAAGAUCACUAAAAUGACAUACCAGAUAAAUAAAAACUUAAAACGCA